AAAAUUUUUUUUUUUUUUUUUCUGGAAUAGGCUUUUGUCAUAGGAAUGUAUUUGUACAUUUCAUUAAAAAUGUGCUUAUUUUAUCUUCAUCAGUAAAUAGUUGUGUUUGAAAGUUAUGCUGAAAUAAAAUGGACAGACAAAAACGUUGCUUGUCUGAUGUAAAUGUCCUUAUAUUUAGUAUAGCAUUUUGGUAUAUUUUUACUAUAACUAGCCUAUUUUUAUGUUCUUAGCACCUGCAUUGACUGCGACGAAGUCUAUUGGUCUGUAUUUCGCGGGGGUGCAUGAGUUACAGCCAAUGACACGCCCUCGUAUUCGUUGCAUGGCAACGCGUUUGCUUGUGACUGUUUUCGUUCAAGGUUGAGCCUGUGGAGAACAGAACGCGGUGCCUGCAUCAAUGUAACUACGUGCCACAAUAAGACGGUUUAUUACGCAAACUUCCCGGGAAAAUGUAUCAGUCUGUGCAAAUGUCUUGAAAAGAAGCUGUCAAGCCUCACAACACAAGUGCUCUUGAAUCCCAAAAUAUACGCGAACUUAUACGCAUUAUUGACUAAAAUGUCUCCUUCAAGACUCUACACAGCAUCUGUGAUGCCUCCUCUGCCUUUAAGUUCUUUCAGUGUCUCAAGCAACUUCUGCACGGAAGAAAAUAUCAAUGAGUGCAUUCUGUACAUCAAUCAGGAGUUGUCCUCCCUGUGCUUUCCACCAAUUUCCCGUAACUCAGACGGCAUUCGUGAUCUGGAUGCUGUGGUUUCCCUAAACAACAUACAUGGCUUGCUUCAGCUACACCGUCGAGCUGUUGGAAUGAUGGAGGAUCUGGAGGUGGAGCAGCUCAAGUCCAGCAGUGACCUCCACUACCAACACCUCACCAACUCCAGACUAAAGGACCAGCUUGAUCUUUCGAAGAAGGAAAACAUGCGUUUGCACGAGAGAGAGCGUCAGCUGGAAACAAAUAUAAAGACUUUGCAAAAUUGCCUAAAAGAUGCAAAAGAAGAGAUCCAAAGGCUACAGGGUAUCAUUGCAAGCCGUGCCACACAAUACAACCAUGACAUCAAAAGAAGAGAAAGGGAGCAUAACAGAGUAAAAGAGCGCCUCAAUCCACUACUCAUUGCCAAAAAGGAAAAUAAACAAGGAAUGGAAGUUUUGAAUUAUGUUGGAAGGUCAGACGGGAGGAGAUGUCUUUGGAAAACUGGAAAAACGGAAUCCAGACAUGAGGGAGAGAUGUACAAAACUCUUCUCAAUGAAUUGGAUACCCGUCAGAGGGAGCUAAUGAUGGAGAACAUAGAGCUAAAGAAAGUGCUUCAACAAAUGAAACGAGAAAUGGUGGUCGUCUUAAAUUCAAAGAAGACAUGCCAAAAGGAAGAGAAACAAAGCAAUAAUAUGGAUCAGUUGACUCUACAGACAAAUUCAGAUGACGAGGAACCUUUGAAAGGACAUCCCGAGAUGUCCUGUGAUCACGCUCGGGAGAAACUGACCAACAGCAUUCGUCAGCAGUGGAGGAAACUCAAACAUCAUGUUGAGAGACUGGACAGCCAAGCUGGAGACAGCGAAGAGAUGAUGGCCAAACAACUCCAUGAAGAGGAGAUAGAGAGGCUCAAACAAGAAAUUCAGCAGUGCAAGGAGUUUAUUCAGACUCAACAACAACUUCUGCAACAACAGCUCAACACAUCCUGUGAUGAGGAGACUGCAGCUGUUCUGAACGAUUCCUACAUGCUGGAAGAGAAGGAACGCUUGAAAGAAGAGUGGAGAGAGUUUGAAGAACAGAGGAAAAAUUUUGAAAUGGAAAGGAGAAAUUUUACAGAGGCUGCCAUCAGAUUGGGCCAUGAGAGGAAGUCUUUCGAGGACGAUCGUGCAACUUGGCUCAAACAUCAGUUUCUGAACACAACAUUUGCAGACCAGAUGAAACCACAAAGUCGCACGACGGAAGAACUUUCAAAGUACUCCGCUCAUGAGGAGAAACUCAUUUCAAUUUCUGGAGGAGAGAUACUCGGAGCCAAUAUGAACGAGUUUGAAUGUGAUUUAAGUCCACCAAUAUCUUUAUGAAGAAAUUACAACAACCAGACAUGAAUAUUUAACAGAAUUGUGGAAAAGAUUGUCAGAGACUUAAUCGUGCUAAAUCUUACAAACCUCUGAAUUGUGUACGGUUUGAACGAAGCGAUGUUUUAAAUAUGAUCAUGUUGACUUUUUGAAACAUUUUGCAUUUUCAUUUAGCAAAUCCAUUUCAUUUUAAAUCCAUUUCCAUUUAAAAAUUAUUUAGAAUUUUAUUCAUAUUGUGUUUUGCUAGUAGAUAUUAAUUGUAUUAGUUAUUUUUUAUGGUUUACUUUUAGGUACUUGGAUAAUCUUAUGCAUCAUGUGUUGUUACACCUUUUAUUUAAUUUUAUUUUUAUUUUUUUUACUGAAUAUGGCGUAAGUUGUAAGGAAAAAGUAUGACUUAUCUAGAUCAAAUAGUUUAUAUGUCUAUUGUAUUUAUUGUGCAUUUGCAUUUAAACGAUUUAUUUUAUCUUUUAGACUUUUUAUAGCUAAUCAGUGUACCACCAUUAUUGUUUACAUCACCUCCAAAACCACAAAGUUUUGAUUUCCUGUUUCAUAUGGAUAAAGUGCUUAAUAUAUCAUACUAACAAGGGACUGAUUCUAAAAUUAAUGUAUUUUAGAUAUAAAACAGGCUUUUAAGGAAUAAGCAUUGUUUAACUGAAAUAAUACUGUAGACAGUGUUUCGUAAUGCUAUAAGUAAUAUUUAUUCGAAUAAAGAUGUUGUCUCAA